GAGACGAGGCCGACUGCUCACGACAAGCAGGCCCGCUUAUCAGCAGAGGUUUGUUGUCGCUCGCGUGUUUGUUGUUUGUACUUGUUUAGAAGCUUUGAGUUCAGGACAUCGCGGUGCGCCAGGGCUUGAUGACAUUUGUUGCCCAGCUGCCGGUGCUACCAGAGCGGAUGCAGAGCAAAGCUUCUGCUGAUGUUUGUUGUGCCCAUGAAGAUCUAGGCGGUCUCUGCAUCGUUGACACAACAAAUAGCCGCAGGUGCUGAUUGCUGUUGGUCAGCUCAGUCCAGAAUUUGACCUCACAAAUGCAAUGAGCCUUGGUGAAUGCAUCACUUUUGCUAAAACGGCCUGCCCCACCCAUUCAAAGGUCGUCAGUCAGGUCGAGGUUGGCACACAGUGCAGCUUGCCUCUGGCUGACAAGUCUGUCGAGUGCUCCUUCAAAGCAGGGAGGGAGUCGAGGAGCGUGCAGACUACAGAGACUGUGGAUCAGUCAAGUUACACCUCAGUAUCGAGGCCUUCUAUUUCUCCAUCAACAGCCAGCGAUGACAACUCACAGCAGGGAUGCCUCCACCGAUGUCGUCUCUGUGAUUAUGAGACUGAUAAACUGGUUCGUCUGGAAGAACACGGCAGGGUCCAUACUGGCGAGCGUCUGUUUAAAUGCCAUUUGUGCCUUCAUAGCUUCUCAAGAAGGCGUUCCCUAAACAGGCACCUGUUUGUCCAUACUGGCCAGCGUCCGUUCAUAUGCCAUGUGUGCUCUCAGUGCUUCUCACUAAAGGCCCACCUGAAAGUACACCUGCGCACACACACAGGGGAGAAGCCAUUUCAGUGCCCUUCAUGCCCUCAAAGCUUCUCGAAUAAGUCAAGGCUUAAGGAACACCUGCGCUGCCACACAGGCGAGAAGCCAUUUCAAUGCCCUUCAUGCCCUCAGAGCUUCUCGCGUCAGUCAAUGAUGAAGCUACACCUGCGCAUCCAUACAGGCGAGAAGCCAUAUCAGUGCCCUUCAUGCCUGCAGAGAUUCGCACAAAAGUACGCGGUUACAGAACACCUGCGCACCCACACAGGCGAGAAGCCAUUUCAAUGCCCUUCAUGCCCUCGGAGCUUCUCGCUGAAGGGUGCCAUGACGAAACACCUGCGCAUUCAUACAGGUGACCGACCAUACCGUUGCACUGUCUGCUCCAAGUCCUUUGCGCGGUCUGAUGUCUUGAGCAGACAUAAGAGAACGAAGCACCAUGAUACUGUAGAGUAGGAAAACAGCCAGGGUGAACUAGAGUCAAAAUUAAGAAUCUACGGGCGUGUAGCGUAAUUAAGGUGUUCUGCUGCAUCGGUAGCACAAGUGCUCUUAAAGGGGUGUUGGAACACUUUUUUUUUGGGGGGGGGGGGGUCACCAUAUUUGCGCUGCAUCUAUUCUCAGCAUAUAAAACAAAGAGCAAAAGAAAUUAUGAAAAUCGGCCCACACUAAGCCAGAAAAAAUUCAAAAUACAUUUAAACCUCAAUAUAACAAAGCCGGUAAAAUCGGCAAUUUGAUUUCUUAUAUCGGAAUUUUGUUAUAUUGUGACUGUUCAUGAUUCGAAAAGUAUUCAGUAUUUGAUUCAAUUCAAUUCUCUGUUGCACUGUUUGAUUAAAUCUAAAAAAAAUUACUGUUUGCAGACCCCUAUAAAUUAUGCAUGUUAAGUGUAAUUCAUUCUAUUGCUUAUUAUUGCACUAAUGAUGUCUGAAUGAUCUGCUUUCUAAGUAAUUUUUUUUGCAGUAUUGAAAAGAAAUUUGCAAUUCUAAUUUCUUUCAGUAUUGUUUUUUUGUAUAUAUGAACUUAGUCUGAUAGGCUCAUUCAUGUACAUUAUAGACCACUUAAAGCGUAACCGCUUAUAGUGAAAGACCCAUUAUAGUACGGUCUUGUCAGACUCCCGCUAAUUUUCCCAUAGCACUCCAUGUAUACGCAUACUGCUUACAGUGCAGCCGCGUGAGACAAAAUACCGGUUAUAAUGCGGCUUCCGCGAGAAAAUCUCGCAGACAAGGGCGGUAGCAAGCACGCUUCUCACCGAGGUGCGCCCACCGAUGGGAGAGGAGAUCAACGAGGGCAUCGGAGGAGGAGCAUGAGACGUGGAGCACGAGUCCAAGGGCGAUAAAAUCGUUGCCGCGCGCCAUAUAUGCGAGUGAAAGUGUGCGGGGGACGCGCCUUCACGGAGAGCGAAUGCACAGUGGGGAGCAAACGUGACUUCCGUCGCGCGAAAGGCGGUGGGGGUAUGAGAGGGAGGGAGGCGAGGCGACACUGUGCUGCGGCCCCGAAUGCCUAGUAUCUUGCAACCGGGCGCAAGGGGAACUGGCGACGCAAUCUCCCACGUGAAAGGAGCAAAGCAGGAGUGCAGCACGAGAGAGAGGGAGGGGGGGGGGCGGCAUCUACUCUGCCAACAAAUGCGUUCGCGCCUGUGGCGGCUAUUGGUGUUGUUGCGCACACCGUAUCUUGAAAGCGAUCUCCACUUGACUCUGACCUCUGUAUGCGCUGUGCGUACGCCGCUCAGUUUCCGUUAAAGCGAUAGACCGCACGAACCUUCACUCACUGCGAUGGCCGCGUUUCCCCACGCCCGGGUUUUGACAGUGGUUGUCUUCGGUCAUCGAGUCUAUUUAUGUUUGCUUGUGCGCAUUGACACCACGCUUGUCAAGUCAGUUAGUAAGCGAAUGUGUCAAGUUUCUGCAGCCGAUAAAACUAAUAUCCCUACUCCUUAUAGUUGUCUACUAAUUUGCUAUCCCAAUUGAUGCUUCGCCUUUCGGACAAAACUGAGACAUUUUUUUUUAUUAUUACUUUGUCUGCUUCAUGCGAAGAUAGUGGGUACUUGGACAUUAACCUUUCUACGUUCGUAAAUUUAAACGAAUGCAAAGCUCCCAGUCGCACGCUUCGAUUCUCCGAUAGGCGCAACUGCUUGGUCGACAUGUUUUGCAUACAUGCAGGGCUUGAAAAUCAUUGCUUUGGUUAUAGUGCGGUACCGCUUAUAGUGCAGAUAUUCACGACUCCGGCGACUUAUGUUAUAAGCGGUCUACACUGUACUUAUUGCUUCUAGGUUCUGGUAUAUGUGGUUCAUCCUGCAAGACUCUUUUGAUCUUAUUCUAUUUGCACAUUCUUUUUUCUUUAAGUACUUCUUUAGAACAAUUGAUUGUUUAAUAAGGUUGUGUGCCACUGUCUGUUUCAUCAGACCAUCAAAUAAAUGCCUGUGUUUUAUGAGUA